AUAGUUUCUUUAUAUUUGUCAAGAAUAUUAUUUCUUUUUAGAGGUUGCUCGGUUUGUUUAGUACUUUCUCUAAUGUGUUUAGAAAGAGGACAAGCUUGAUUUAUUGAAUGAGAAUUAUUAACUUUAAAUUCUAGCUCUGUUGUUAUAACUUUAAUUUUAGAUUGAAUAUCUUUUAUAUUCUUAAGUUUUGUAAUAUUUAUUUCUUCUAUAGUAUUAUAUUUUAGAGGAGAAUAUAUGUCUGGUGAUAAUAAUAUAAAUCGAUUUAUAUACCUAGUAUUAGCUUUUGUUAUAUCUAUAGGUUUCUUAAUUAUUAGUCCUAAUUUAAUUAGAAUUCUUCUAGGGUGAGAUGGUCUAAGACUAGUUUCAUAUGUCUUGGUUAUUUAUUAUCAAAAUGAAAAAUCAGCUAAUGCUGGUAUAUUAACUGCUCUUUCUAAUCGAGUAGGAGAUGUAGCCAUUUUAUUAUCCAUUUCUUUAUUUUUUAGUUACGGUGGGUGAAAUUUCUUAUUUUAUGUAGAGAAUAUAUCCAUGUUAAAUAUUGAUAAUCUUUUAUGUAGAUUAGUAAUUCUAGCUGCUAUAACAAAGAGAGCACAAAUUCCUUUUUCAGCUUGAUUACCUGCAGCUAUAGCAGCUCCUACUCCUGUUUCUGCUUUAGUUCAUUCAUCUACUUUAGUUACAGCCGGAGUAUAUCUAUUAAUUCGUUUUAGCCCCGCUUUAGAAGGGCGUUUAUGUCAAAGAAUAUUAUUAUUAUUGUCAGGUUUAACUAUAUUUAUAGCUGGUCUAGGAGCUAACUUUGAGUAUGAUUUAAAAAAAAUUAUUGCUUUAUCUACCUUAAGUCAAUUGGGUUUUAUAAUAAGAAUUUUAUCGUUAGGUUAUGCAGAUCUUGCCUUCUUUCAUUUAUUAGCACAUGCUUUAUUCAAAGCUCUUUUAUUUAUAUGUGCAGGUUCAGUAAUUCAUAGUGUUAAAGAAUAUCAAGAUAUUCGGAUAAUAGGAGGGUUAGUUUAUCAUAUACCUUUAACUAGUAUAUACAUAAACUUAUCUAAUUUAGCUUUAUGUGGUAUUCCUUUUUUGGCUGGUUUUUAUUCUAAAGAUAUAAUUUUAGAAGUAGCUUUUAUAUCUACUAUUAAUAUAUUCUCUUUCCUUUUAUAUGCUUUAGCUACGGGUUUAACAGUCUGCUAUACAAUACGUUUAGUUUAUUAUACUUUGUCAGGUGAUUUCAACCUAGGAAAUUUAUAUUCUAUUAGUGAUGAAGGUAAAAUUAUAACUAAUCCUAUGUUUGGUUUAGGAGUAGGAGCUAUUUUUGGUGGAGCAAGAUUGGCUUGAUUAAUUUUUCCUUUCCCUUAUAUGAUUUGUAUAAGACCUUUUUUUAAAAUAUUAGCAUUGAUUGUAAUAUCAAUUGGAGGUAUGUUAGGAUAUAUAUUAAAUUUAAAUACUGUUAAUUACCAACUCAAUUCUUUAAACGCUUAUAGCUUUGUUGUAUUCUCUGGAUCUAUAUGAUUUAUACCUUUUUUAUCUACUUAUAUAAUUAGAAAAAAAUUUUUAGAGGGUGGAAGAAAAUAUCAAAAAGUUGGUGAUAUAGGAUGAUCUGAAUAUUAUGGGGGUCAAGGUAUUUACACUUCUAUUAUAUUAUCUUCCAAAAGUUUACAGUUUUUACAGGAUAAUAACAUAAAAAUCUAUAUAUUAAGCUUUUUACUUUGGGUUAUUGUUCUGAUAUUUAUGGUAAUUU